UUCAUUCUGUAGGACAGUUUAAAAGUUUUUGUGACGAGUUUUGUAAGAAGCUAUGAGUUAGUUGUUUAUUUGUGCUCAUGUUAAUUUCGUUUAAAAUAUUCCAAAUAAUAUGAAUGCUCAAGAAAUUUUAAUGGACGUGGACGAUACUAAAUCAAGCAACUCUGAUUCUACUGAAGAUGGCGAUAGUUCCGAAGAGCAGGAGCUGGUAGAAAAAGCCAAAGAACUUCAAGCCAAAUUGUCAGAGAAUAAUUAUCUUUACAAUGUUCAUAUUGAAUUAAUAGAUAUUUAUAGGAAGCUGGGAGACCUAGCUUUGCUUAGAGUAUCAUAUGAACAGUUUUAUGAAUGUUAUCCUCUGACUCCAACAUUAUGGCUUGAUUGGAUUAAAGACGAAAUUAAAAUAGCUAGUACACCAGAUCAGAAGAUGGAAAUAUUUAAAUUAUUUGAUAAAGCUACAGAAGAUUAUUUGUCUGUAGAUUUGUGGAUUGAAUAUGCCCAAUUUUCAAUUGGAGUAAGUGACUUAAACACUACAAGAUCUAUUUUUGAGAGAGGUCUUACAGCAGCUGGCUUAGUGUGUGACAAGGGUUCAUUACUGUGGGAUACAUUAAGAGAGCUUGAGCAUGCCCAUAUUGGAUUACACCUUGAAGGCUCUGAGGCUUGGAAAAUGCAAGUUUUAAAAUUGGCUGAUGUCUUCAAGAGACAGUUGUCCGUACCAUUACUGUGCAUGGAAAAUACAUAUAUGGAGUGGCAAGAAUGGUGCAAGACCUUACCAACGGGAUUAAUUGACCCAAAUCCUGUUGAAUAUGGUUAUAAAAAGGCCAAAAAUCUCUUAGAAACAUAUAAACCUUUUGAAGAUGGCAUCUCAUCAUGUGACACAUCUGAGAGUCUCUUUAAAUUGUAUAAAGAAUACAUAAAAGCAGUUACAGAUCCUUCAACUGUGAUUUGUUUAUAUGAAAGAGCAGCACUUCAGCUUUGUCUGAAUGCAGACUUUUGGUUUGAAUAUUGCAUGUUUUCACUGAAGCUGGGUGAUUUGGCCUAUAAAGUUAGUGCUAAAGCACUAAGAAAUUGUCCAUGGAGCGAGGACCUCUGGAUUACUAGGAUGAGAGUUUUGGAAUCCAUUAAGGAGACUGAUGAUAAUGUAAUGAACUGUUUUGAACAAGGACUCUCCAGUAUCGCACCGUCACCUGGAUUGAACCUUUGGCUUGCAUAUUUGGAAUAUGUUCAUAGAGUUGUAGGGUCACCAGAGAAACUUGAUAAACUUUUUCAUCAAUCAAUAGAACAGCUCGGUUUCCACAAUGACCCAUCAUGUAAAGUCAGAAAAUGGUUUGGCAGAAUUUUAGCACAUAGAGGUGAUAUAAAAGCUGCCCGAAAGAUUUGGGGUAGCAUUAUGUCCAAACCAGAAAAUAAAGGUUCCGCAUUGUUAUGGUUAGAAUACACACAAAUUGAGCGUCAGUAUGGUGAACAGCAUGUGCUCAGACAGCUAUUUCAGAAAGCACUGAACUCCACUAAAGACUGGCCGCAGUACAUCAUGGAUGAAUGGCUUUUAUAUGAAAGACAUUUUGGAACCCUGGAGGAGGUUUUAAAUUGUGUACAAAAGUGCAGGGAGGUUAAUAUUGCAGUUCUCGAUAUGUACAAAGCUCAGGAACAACAAGUAGAGAAAGAAGCAGACAAAGUUGAAUCUCAAGGUAGAGGUAGAAAAAGAUGCCUCAAUGCAGGGGACAACCAUGAAAAGGUAGGGAAAAAAAAUAAAUGGAAAGAAGAUAAAAAGCAAGAAACUCAUCAAGUGACAAAAAAGCACAUACCAGUGGAUAGGAAUCCGGAGAGGUCAGUAUUUGUGAGUAACAUACAUGUAACGGUAGACGAGUCUAGUCUGAAAUCCCUGUUUCCAAAUGCUGUAAAUAUCGAGAUUGUCCGUGACAAACAUGGAAAAUCCAAAUGUUUUGCUUAUGUUGAAUUUAAUACACAGGAAGAGGUUAUGGUUGCUCUUGCUAGAGACCGUGAGCCACUAAACGGACGACCUGUUUUUAUAUCGGAAAUAAAGAGCGACAAAACUAGUAGAAAACCUAUUUUUAAAUAUGCGCGAACCGCCGAAAAUAAUAAACUGUUCGUCAAGGGACUUCCCUCUGAUAUAUCCUUAGAAAAAGUCAGAGAACUAUUUAAAAAACAUGGAGCUAAAGAAACGAGAAUGGCAUAUCGGAAAAGCGGACAGCCAAAGGGCAUUGCUUAUGUAGAAUUUGAAAACGCAGAACAAGCCGAGAAUGCUUUAAAAGAAACCAAUCAAAAAAAUGUAAAUGGUCACAUUAUUACAGUAGCUAUUAGCGCUCCGCCUCUUAAAGCAAGUUCGUCCAAAGAAAAAACUGCGACGAUUAGACAUGCCCGAAGUCGUUUAGAAGUAAACCUAAUUCCGAGAGCUUUGCAGUUAAAGCGCGCACAAACAAAUGACGAGACAAACAAAAGUAAUGAAUGCUCGUUACCCUUACCAAAGAGCAACUGCGACUUCAGAGAUAUGUUGUUAAAGAAACAAAGUUCAAAAUAAAGAUUGUAUACUUAUUGUUCAAACUUUAAAAGUUUAAAAAUGUAAAAAACUCUAUUGUCUAUUAAAAAUACCUCAUUUAUUGUUAUGGUUAGCAUAUAAUUAUUAGAUAAUAUAGGUAAAAAUUGAUGCGCGGCAGGCGGCAUUGAUGUUUACUCAUUUUCUCAGAAUAUUUAACGAGAUCUACGCAUAUUUUGAAAAAAACGCCACACCUAAACUUGCUGAUGAUCUGUCAGCGGUCCUUGCUUAUUGAAUGCCGGAAGGUCAUUGGUUAAAAUCAAGAUUUUAAAUCUCACGUACGCUUAUGUUGAAUGGACAAUCUCAUUAUUUUUUGAUAUUUUCUUCAUAAGUUCUUGUAUUAUAGGCAUAAGCAGAGGUUCUAUAUGCAUCUCUAGCAGCUAUAUGAUGCUUAGUGACAAUAGACCAAUGCUAUACAAUUUUUGUU